AUGUCAGGCAACACUUACGAGCGCGCAGCCAUUGAAGCCUACUGGGAUCAGCAGGAGAACCUUUGCGAUCCGCUGACGAAUGUACUAUUGCAGAACGCCACCCUCAUCCCCAACUGGGACAAGCGGCGUGAGGUUCAGAGCUUCCUGGCAGCGCACCCAGAGCUCAAGCAGGAGAAAACUGAGAGGGGAGACUCCAGCCGCUCCAGCCUCUCCAACCUUUCGAGGCUGUCGACAUCCCAGUCACGGUCCGUCCGUGUGGAGCGGACAGAAGAAGUGGGAUUGUUCUCCCUCCAGUUUCCCAUCGAGAUGCCCACAAUUUUGCAGUACCGCAUACAGGAAGAUGAGUUCCGAAGCUUGGUGCAGAAGCUGAACGGGAAACUGCAGGGAUCCGAGCCCAGCUUGCUGAGAAAACUUGCCUCCACGGCAGCUUUCGCCCUUCUUUGUGCUGGACUUACCAUGAAGAGACCCCGCAGCUGCGUGGUCUCCGGAACAUCUGCCCUGUCCUUCCUGCUACUGUGCCGAAUGCCUGAAGGCAACUCCAUGGCGGCAUCCAGGAAAGAGGCGGAGCGCUUCUUCCGCGAAGAGUUCGUGCCCUUUUUCCAAGUUCGGGGAGUGCAGGACCCCUCCCUUGAGUGGGCCAACUACGAGUUCGAUCGCUCUGCGUAUGAGCUUCAGCGUCUCAUCUGGUCAGAGUACAAAUUCUACGUUGCAUCCAAUCAAAGAGGCGAGCUCGACUCCCUGACGGGGGCCUUGUCCCUGACAGCUUGCAACCACUCCCGGCCAACCAAAAUUUCGUUGCAGGGCCUUCAGGGCAUGCGAGGCCUGAACUUCCUGGCUGGCAUGGGGCUCCUGGCCUUGGCGGCGGGCACUGGGGCCAUGGCGCAGCCGUCGGAGCGGGCUCGUCUCGAAGAGGACACCUUCUGGCUGCUGUCGCAUCUUCUGGAGGAUGUACUGGACCCCGACUUUUUCGGCGCCGAUGUCCGAGGCAAUCUGAAGAUGGUGCACAUUGGCGGCCUUGGGAUGAGGUCCUUCAUCUUGGCGAAGGCUAAGGUCUACUGCCCCACCAUCUAUGAUGCUCUGGGGGAAGAGGCCUGCUCGAGCUGUUUGGGUUCCCUGCUCGACAGCUGGGUGCUGGCCCUCUUUGUGGGCUGUGCUCCGCAUCGACUCCUAGAGCACUUGUGGGACACCUUCUUGGGGGUGCUUUUUUUGGGGGGGGGCUUAGUGUGCGGGAUUUGGGGUUUAGGAGACUAA